AUGCGGAUCGUGCCCUUCCACCAGCGAUUCGUCCCGGCGGCUCGUCCACCAUCAAAUGGUUUUCCUCUUAUGAGACAAUGUCCACGACGACGAGGUUUUCGUGCACGUGGCACUGCUCUCGGACCGAGCCCCGAAAUCGUACAACCGGUGUUGGCAAGAGGAACUUGUGUCCAUAUCGUUGGCGUAUUCCAAUCUGCGAUACCGGCCGAACCAAACAAUCUUGCACCGACGUCAGAUCGCGAAAUGCAUCGCCAGUACACCAACAAUUCUGGCUCAAGCGAGGCGGAGGAGUUUACGCAGGAAGAACUGCAGGAGUUCGCCCAAGCAUUCAAAAUGUUUGACAAAGAUGGUAACGGUACGAUGAACAUCAAAGAACUGGGGGUGGCUAUGCGAACAUUGGGCAUGAAUCCCACGGAAGAAGAAUUGCAGAACAUGGUGAACGAAUAUGACGUUGACGGCAACGGAAAGAUUGAUUUCGGUGAAUUCUGCAAGAUGAUGAAAGAAAUGAACAAGGAAACCGAUCAGGAGCUGAUUCGACUAGCCUUCAAGGUGUUUGAUAAAGAUGGUAACGGCUUCAUCACAGCCCAAGAAUUCAAACACUUUAUGACCACUAUGGGCGAGCGUUUUACGGAAGAAGAAGUGGAUGAAAUCAUCAAAGAAGUUGACAAAGAUGGUGAUGAGCAGAUCGAUUAUGAAGAAUUCGUGCAGAUGAUCGCGCCGAUCGUUUCCGAAGGCAAUAAGGACGACCCGUUUGCUGAGCCACCUCCCGUUGCCAAUUCAAAGUGACCUUCCAGAGUGCUAGCGCCUCUGCUCAUUUCUGUCGAAUUUCUGUACAAUCAUUCCCAGUGAUCUCCACAAAUAUCUAUAAGCAAUUGAAUAUGAGAGG